UCAUGAUAUGUUGAAGGCCCUCGUCUUGAGAUCUGGAAUGGACAUGGUAAAAGGGGGGACAAGUAACAAGACGACAGUUCCAAGAAAGAAAGCAGGCGGUGAAGAGGAAACUUGCAGAUUAUCCCAAGUUCAAGGACACGUCAGUCACGUCCGAAGAAGAAGGGGAGCAGUUCUUUUUUGAAGUUACUCUCGGACUGUUUUUUAUGACGGUUACAUCUUCAAGGCUAUAAAUAGGAGGAGGAGUUGACAGAGAAGAGGUUGGCACACUAGGUGGGACACUUGUGGUCGAUUCGAUGGCUCCGAGACGGAGGAAUCAAAAAGGUGAUGUUCCGGCUGCUUUGAUGGAGGAGCAGGUGGCCAAAAUCAACAUGGCCAAGCAUCAGAGGCGGUGACCAGAGGGAAUGGUGGAGCGGAGAUCUUGGUGGCUACCAUGCCUAGUGGAGAUCUCGGUGAAGUAGUGGGGGCCCUUCGUUAAAUGAUGGAGGAGAACCGCAAGAUGGUGGUAGAGAACCGUCAAGCCACAGAGGAGAACCGCCAAAUGAUGAUGGAGGAGGCGAGGGCUGGUACUCAUUUGGAUACCAUUGAAAAGGGACGUAUCAAGUUCCCUGAAACAAAGAAGGAUGUCAUGUUGGUGGACACUAAUUUGUUCCCCAACGCCGCCUCGAAGGAGCCCCAAGCAGGCCAGCAAGGCCGCAAUGAUGACUGAGGAAGUUGAGAAUUUGUACGCCCCAUGCAAGAAGGGUCUCAAACUCGAUGAGGAGAAGCCGAGUCCAUCCAUUCACCAAAGAAUUGGUUUUCCUAACAAGCCAAGGUAUUCGUCGUAUGGGAGACACGUGGAAGGAGUGAGGCAGCCAGCUUGGGGCGACCAAGGCAAUGGGUGGCCCAUUCCCCUUUCCAAAAGAAAAGAACAUUCCAGAUGCCAAAUGUUCGACAGGGUAGAUGGCAUAUGUAUGAUGCUCGUCGUCAACAACCAGUAGCAGUGGCUGAGAUGACAAUGACCCAAAGAAGAAGGUUCCUUCGCAAGAAUGCUCAAGCACGUCAAGGCCAAUUACCAGUGGCUCGUGGAAACAUAAUGGGUGUGACACAAUGGAGGAGAGAAGAUAUUCUUCAAUAAAAUCUCAAGGUGGAAAACUCCAUGACCACAAGGCUCAAAGUGAGCGGACUGACAAAGGCAAGCAGGUCCAAGUUCGGAGUGAAGUCAAAGGCCAAGAGGGGGUUGAAGACGAUUCCGAAGAAGAAGAAGACGAGUAUGAGGGUGGUCUACAUGACCAUGUCGAUGAUGAUAUGCUUGAAGGUGAUCUUCCCAACUUCUAUUUCAGUAGGAGGCAAGCAAGACGGAGGAAACCUUAUGGUCGUCUUCAUAUGCCAAGUAAGGCGGUCAAGACAGAGGAGCAUGUGACACCAUGUAAGGCCACCAAGACUAGACAUGCUGACCAUGUACCACCCAUUAGUAAGCUAGAAAAUUCAAAGUUAAUGUACGAAGAAUCAUCUAUCAUGAAGGAAAAGAGUAAUGUGGUCUAUGAAUUGCUUGCUUGUUUUGACCCAUGCACUUGGAAUGGGUGUACAACUUUGGUGCAUGGAUUGUUGCCAAAGGAUAUGGAGAACAGUGACGUUUGUCACUCCUUGCCAUAUAAAAUAAAUAAAUAUAUAUAAUGUAGUUAUUAUAUAUUUAUAUAUAAAAAAUUGUAUCCAACCAUGGCUAAAAAGAGAAAGAGAGAAAAAAUAAAGUUGGAGUGUUAAAACCAAAGUUUGGCUGAGGAAGUCUACGGAGAUGGGCCAGCUUGUUAGAUUGAGUGGUAUGUUGUCAAACUAAUUAGUCCAUAAUUUUCAUUCACUAAGUAGUUGGGAGCAUCUGUUUACACCUAAAAAAAUACUAUUGUACCACAUUGAUUACUUACAAGGCAUUAAUUGUCUUUAUAAGACCAGAUCAAUAGUAACUAUUAAUGUUAUUUAAGCUGGACCUUAUGGUACUAGAUUUUUUAGCCCAAACCACUAUGUCUCCGAGAAGGUGCUAAUCUCGUCACGAGUCUACUAGUUCAGACUCGUCAUGAGUUGGGUAGCCCAAGGUGGUCGCGAGAUCUAGACCACGUUGGAGUCAAGUCCAAUAGACCAAGGUGGUCACGAGAUCUAGACCACGUUGCCGCCAAGUCUAGUAAAUCAAGGUGUCGCGAGAUCUAGAACAUGUUGGCGUUAAGUCUAAUAGACCAAUUUAGUCGCGAGAUCUAGACCACAUCGUGAGAUCUAGACACCAUGUCAGUCGUGUGAUGUAGAAUGCCCUCGUAUUGAGAUCUUGAAUGGCCAUGGUAAAAGGGGGGCAAUUAACAAGACAUCAGUACCAAGAGAGAAAGCAGGCGUUUAACAGUUCGACUGCUGAUCAUCCCAAGUUCAAAGACACGUUAGCCACGUCUGAGGAAGAAGGGGAGCAGUUCUUUUUGGAAGUUACUCUCAAACGAUUUUAUAUGACGGUAACCACUUUAAGGCUAUAAAUAGGAGGAACAGUUGACAGAGAAGAGGUUGGCCAAAUUCACACCAUACAACUCAAUGUCAACAUUAAUCUUUUUAUCUUUCCUUUGCAACUUUUAGCAAUAGUCGCAGAUCUAGAGCUCUCACUGAACCUCCAUAGGAGUAGGAGUAAUUAAGUAGAUUUGUCCGU